AUGGGAGGCUUGCGCGCGCUCUGCUGCAGCAAAGGGGACAAAACCGACGGUGGCCAGCUCCCGCCAGCUCGACCAGCUCAACCACGCCCCGAGAAAAGUACGCAAAACGCGUCGCCACGUGCGAAAAAAGAGACUUCCUCAACUGAUGUGACUCCGGGGAAUUUGACUCCAGGAGAACCGGCCCAAGAAAAGUCGGUCCAGCAGAAUCCCGUCCCACGCGAUCUGUGGAAAGAGGCAUUCGACAAUUUGGACCCUUCACGCCAACCGUACGUUGCGGCAAAUGGCAUGUCAAGCACUUCCGCAAUCGACCAAGUCAUCAAAGAUACGACGGCCAAGUAUGAGCAGUGGCGGAGGGGUGGUCUGAAAAUCCGCCGAAAGGACGGAGAUGACAUCGAUUUUCGAGAUUGCGCAGAGAGGGUUCUCGGCGCGGCCAUGAAGGCCAGCAAUGUGAUUUCGACGGCUGUUUCCUUUGAUCCUACAGGCCACGCAUCCUCUGCAUGGAUGGUUAUAUCGUUUGGAAUGAGUAUUGUCCAAAACAGACUCGACCGUCGGGACGCCAUUUUCGCUGCCUCGGAAUACCUUGCGGAGACUCUCUCCUAUUAUACCUUGAUCGAUACGAACUACCGAAAUCAGAAGGUCCCAACUGAUCACAACCUCGAUCAGGCCCUGCUUCGCGUAUACUCGGCAAUUCUCGACUUCACAGUCGAGAGCGUUAUGGCUCUCACCGAUCAACCCCUGCAGAUACUCAAAGAUGCCAUCAACUCACAAGCUGGACUCGCCAAAAAGUGGACCGAAUUGGCCGCCAACCUCGGGGACCGGCAGCGUGCCGUAGAGCAUCUCGCGAAGACAGAUGCACUGCUUGCAAACAUGAAGAAUCUUGCAUCAAAAGCAAUGACUGCGGAGGAAGAGAGUCAACUCGUCUGGAUGUCAGCAUUACCUUAUUCAGAUCACCAGCGGGCUUUGCAGAAGAAAAGAACCGGUGACACUGGUCUUUGGCUCCUUGACACACCCAAUUAUAACGUCUGGAAGACUACCCCUGGAAGCCUUUUGUGGCUCCCAGGAAUUUCGGGCUGUGGUAAAUCUGUUCUUUGCUCUACUUUAAUCCAGGACAUUGAAGAGGACUGUUCCUGUGAUCCGUCGAAGUUCCUUGGUUACUGGUACUUUCAAUUCGGUUCCGAGGCGACAAAGAACGUUGACACCAUGUCUCGAUCACUGAUCAGACAAUUAAGUCGAUCACCUUUGGCCCCAGAGGUGAUCAAAAUCUGGGAAGAACACCAUCUGAAGGGAAGCCAGCCCGAUUCGAAGGCUAUCUCUGGUGUACUUCAUGACCUUCUUUCCGCUAUUCGAGGUGAUAUUUACCUUGUAUUCGAUGCACUGGAUGAGUGUCCUGAGAACGAGAAAUCCAAGGAAAGAGGAUCACUUCUCUCACUUCUCGAGGAUUUGCUUGAAAGACACAGUACCAAAAUCCAUAUCCUCGCGACUAGUCGUCGUGAGCCGGAUAUCCAGCAAAGGCUUGAACAUUUUUCCAAGAUUGACCUGGAAGCUCAUCUCGCUGAGGAUGUGAAAACUUUCGUUACCCUAUGUCUUGCACAGAACCCUCUAAACCGAUGGAAAACUGAUAUCCGCGAUCUCAUCCUUGAUGAAUUGCUGAAUUCUAAGGAGCGACGAUUUCGUUGGGCCGAGUUGCAAAUCAUGGCACUUGAAAGAUGCCGCAACGAUCGCCAAAUCAAAGAUGCUCUUAAGACAAUCCCUCAAACACUAGAGGCCACUUAUCGCAAAGUUCUUGACAGCAUCGAUUCUAAUGAUGUGGUAUUGGCUCGUGAAAUUUUCAUGAUUAUAUGUCUCUCACCUAUACUAUUUGACGCGCAGGCGGUUGCCGAUAUGGUGGGACUGAGCUUCCCCGAAGCCAUUAUCGAAAUCUGCACAACUUCCUUUGUCAGUUUAACUGAUGAAAAGGUGCAACUAUCCCACUUUUCGGUCCAGGAGUUUCUUGUGGUUCUAGGUGAAUCUGGCCAGCAUCACCCUUGUCAAUUCACCGCCACCAAUGGCCACAGGUUUCUCGCGGAGAAGACCGUGGAUAUUCUUCUUGAACAGACUGAGACCCUCACCCAGGCGGAUGCAAAGAAUAAUAUCCCGUUUCUUUACGCUGCGAAGCACUGGAACGCCCAUGUGACUGAUGCAGGAGGCAUUGAUGUAUUGUCGCCAGAAUUGCAGGCUAAAAUCAACCGUCUCUUUACCGAGUGUAUUGUUUUCUUCAACUGGGUGCGGGCGGCCGACAGUAAUGAUCGAAAUAUGAACAAUGAGUGGAGCAAGCUCCCCCAAGAGUGUCAACCGCCAAUUCACAGGGCUUCCAGAAUGGGCCUGGUCCAACCAGUGGACUGUUUGCUCGCGCAAGGUGCAGAUCCUUUUCAACUUUUCGACAAUGGAGCAGUCUUUUUCGGGGAAAACAUAUUUGCUCUGGCUGCCGAUGAAGGGCAACUUGAUGUUUUACACACACUCCUAACUAAAGGGCUACCGCUAGAACAGGAUUUCGUUCUAGGCAUCGCGUCGAAUCUUGACUACAGGAAGGUGGGGAAAAUCAAAUUGGCAUCGAUUUUGCGAACAAUGUGGGAUCAUGGUUUGCUUCGCAAGCAGUCCGAUGAUGUUUCCGAUGAAAUCGAUGAAAUCGAUGAAAUCUUUGUCGUAUACACGAUGCUGAACCCAGUUUCAAGUAAAGAAAUGAUGGAUGUGUUUCUGGAUUGGGAACCAAGGGUAUCUCUUCCGAUGACGGACAACGUCAUACUGGCCGCGACUUGCUUGAACAUUCAAGCGCUGCAAAUUCUUCUUGAAAGAUCUGAUUUCCGUGUCCCGCCAACUUUUUUGGAAAGAUUGAAAGAAAUUACAUUUUCAUCUGGCCCCAGUAGGACUGAGGGACUCGGUCUAAUUGCCACCAAACGGCCAAAUGAGUUCCCCAUCGAUAGUGACCUUUUUGAAAAGUUCGUGCAGGAGCUCGACUUCAAAACAUUAAAGUCGCUAAUGCAAAUGCGAGCCUCGGACGUUCGUGUAACAGAAAGUGUCUUGGAAAAGGCAGCCAAAAAUCAAAACAGCGGUCGCAUCUUCCGUUUACUUUGGCCUCAACGAGAGUCUGGGAUAGUUAUCAACGAAUCGAUGCUACGCUAUGCAUUGGCCAACCGACACGCGGAAGAUAUUAUCAGCUUCAUGCAGGAAAACAUCAAGUCUGAUAUGAACCUUAGCGAGGAGACCAUUGACACUUUUUUGUCCACCUCCGAGGCAGGGGUUACUUGCUUAAAGUUACUUCAGAGUCUAUCAACUCACGGCUUCUCGGUAUCUGAAAGACUUACUGAGACGAUUUGCUGCCAUAAGAAUGCGGUAGACAUGUUGAGUCUGUUGGUCAACAAGGAAGGCUACAAUGUCCCUAUAACGGAAGGUAUUAUAAGCUCUGCAGCUUCCAAUGAGUCUCAAGGACCAGCCGUUCUCAAAUACCUAGCGAAACUCCACCAAAAGUCUCUCCCGGUCACAGAAUCAGUUCUUGUUAGAGCUGUCAAGAAUCAGGAACACGGCGAAGAGAUCCUUGGGAUGCUCCUGCAAGAUACUUCAUCCACUCUGCUGACAGAUAGGGUCUUUGAAGAAGCAUGUGAAAAUCCAGGUGCCCUGUUAGUGCUCUUAGGUCAAAGACAAAACGAUUUGCCUAUUGCAGAGAUGCUGGCUAAAAUCGCUAAGAGUUCUAGAAGUUCGAGAAACAUUCUUCAAAUUCUUCUCGAGCGGAAUCUUUUGAAAAUUGACGAGUCCGUCGUGGAAACUCUAGCCGCCGACUUCUACGCCUUGGACCUUUUGCUAUCCUUGGAGCCAGAUUCGCCAAUUACCGAGAAAGCCCUCUCAGCAGGCGCAAAUGACGCUCGCUCAAUGCGUGUGAUGCUGGGUGCUCGAGGAUGUGCUUUGUAUGUCACAGAGAAUGUUUUGAAGGCCGCAGCACAGUCAUAUCAUUGUCGGGAAGUGAUGACAGUUAUCCAGCAUCGACAGGGAUCGCUGAGUAUCACUGAGAAUGUUAUCAGAGAGACCUUUAACAAUGGUUUAUCAUACGUAUUAGAGUGGCUUCUUGAGCAAUGCUCAGACUCUUUUGUUAGAGCCUUUUUCCAAGACAACUGGCGAGACCUUGCUUUGGAUUCAAGUACAAGACAUGCCAUUCUAUAUGGCUUCUUGAAAAAGACAGGCUCAAGAAUCACCGAUUCUCUUCUGCAAGAUUGGCCUUUCGACCCUGAAACAGGAGAAAACUAUGGCCUUGGCGAUAUUACUCACAAGAGGGUUGAGACAUUCGAGCUUCCUGCUACUGAGCACGCGGCAGAAGUUUUCGUGGAAAGGUGUGACGUUGACCAUAUCGAAAGAUUCUGGAAGGACAAGCAGAUCCCAGUCACAGAUCAUUUGAUUCAAGUGGCAGAGAGAAACCCAGUUGCGGAUAAGGAGGCGUUGAAGUUAUAUCUGGAACAGAAAAGAGUGAGGUUAUCGGAAGAUUCUUGA